UUUUAGCUUACACAAAGUAUUCUUAGGGCCUUUGGCUAACUAUUAGUAACGAGUAAGGUCUGACGAUGGUCAGGACCAUAUCGUUAGCGGAGUUCCCUUGUAUCGUAAAAACAUUCUUCGGACCAUCUUUAUCGCAUCAUUUAUGCUAACGAUGUUUGGAAGCGUUAACUAAAACCAGGACUGCGUUGUGCUCCACGGAACAGAAUAUUCAGAUUAAUACUAUCAGUCAUAAACAGCAAUGAAUACAUGGGGCGGAUUUGUGGAAUAUCACGUGCCUACUCCCAUCGACGUCGACCGGAACAUCGAAGCCAAUCCCGUGGUGGACUGCGCGUCCAUCGCUGAACUGCUGCUCAAGUACGGGCCAAAGCGCCCCAUCAGGGAAAAUGCUGCUGUCCCCUCCCCCAGCGCCCUGCCCCCCGAACCGAGCCCCGUCGCCGCCGCCAAUGUUCCCGAACUGCCCCUUAAUCCCCCCGCGGGCACCUCCGAGCAAGAGACACCGCUCGAAACCCCAGUGUCGACAGUACCAGUGCUCUCACUGGACGGGAAUGUCGACGCCAUCAUCCCCACCUCUGUUACUGUUGAUCCGCAACUCCCCUCACCGGUUGCACAACCGGUCUUUGUUAUUCCGGUAACCGAGUUGAAUAAGCUGCUGGAACAGCAUGGGGCUACGGUUGUCGGUGGAAAUCUUCUGCUUCCGGUACUGCCCAAUCAGUGUCCAGCGGCUAUCGAAGCGCCGACUCAGGGUGGGAGCAUUCCGACGGAGGCCUGCAGUCCGAUCCAAGAAGCUCUAUCCCCAAUGGUUCAAAGCAUGACGUCGACUUUGCCUGGUCCACAACUGACCGAAAUGCCGGACACUCCGUCGGAAGCGUUUAUAGAAUCUCCACUGGCGGCACCAAUUGUGUCUGUAGACGACGAGUCCAACAGCUCCACAAGUACCAUUACCGCCUACGUUGUUUCGCCUACAUCGUCAUUGUCAAGGAAGCGUAGUCGACAGAACAGCGAGGACCCCUUCGACAGCGUGGACGGUGCAUCCCGAACUGACUCUGAUGCCGGAUGGGUCAAGCAUUUCGAGACGGAGGAAGCGCAUGAGCGCUGCAAUCAGAUUUCCAUUCUGCCAGUAAUGCCCACCGUCACGUUGAUUCCUUUUCCAAGAGAUGAAAACAUACUAUCGCAACCGUUUCCAAGUCGAGUGGACGGUAUUGAACUGAAAGUUACCAAACAGCCGGAAACUCAUCACAGGGCGCGUUACCGUACCGAAGGGAGCCGGGGCUGCGUUAAAGAUCGCUCACGUAUGCAUUGUCCAGAAGUUCAGUUGACUGGAUAUGGCGGCCUAGAUGGAGUUCUUCUGGUCUUCCUCGCAAGUGAGAGCGGUCCCGUGCACCCUCACAACACAUACCGAGCGAUCCGGGCUGGAGGCAGAAAGGCUACCGGGUGCAGCUACGUAAAAUUUGGGUCAAUAGAUGUCCUGCAGAUGGAGAUCAAACCAUCCAAACAGUGGACGGUCAAAGUCGACAACAUGGGCAUAAUGAAACUACGCAAUACCGAUCUGGAUGGACAUUGUCCGCGUCGGUCAGCUAAAGGUGCGGCAACGAAACGGAGCCGGAAGGUUCGCCUGGCAUUUCGAGCUAUUGUGCCGCUGUCCAGUGGGGAAACGCUCACUCUACAAACGGUUUCCACUCCGAUUUCGUGUAGCGCUGCGCCGGGCCAACCCGAAAUUAUCCACCUAUCUCACGAUGAAUAUGCUGCAGCCGGCGGACUGGACUUAAUAAUUUUAGGGAAGAAUUUUCUGAAAGAUGAUAGCAAAGUAUGGAUAUCAGAGAAAUGCGAAGACGACGAGGUGAUAUGGGAGACUACCAUGCCAUUGAAAUCGGAGUUUUACCACAACACACACAUUGUCGCUACGGUCCCGCCGUACCACCAAACAAAUAUUCCCACGCCCGUUAUAGUAUGGGUGACGGUCAAAAACCGCAAUGGGAAAGAAAGCGACCCCGUCCGAUUUCGAUACGUUCCAAAUUCGUGCAUGAAAGAAUUCUUAACGAAUGAAUCUUGCUUUACUUCCGCAACUUGUACGCCUACCAAUAAGGAGUCCGACGUUCCGCUUUCUAUGGCGCCCGAUUAUACGAACGCUUUCUAUCCCCUGGACUUCUUUGGAACGGAUAGCCAGGAUAACGCUUCCAGUGAACAAGUGUUCAAUGAUCUUCUGUUGGAUAUUUUCGGAUCAGCUGUUCUUCCGGAAGGCUGUCAGCAAGUUUUGUCGGGAGUGGCCGACGUAUCGCUGGUUGAUCGCUCAAAUUAAAUACUAAUACUCAACGAUGUGUUUUUGUUUAUUUUCUUCAUUAUAGCAGUGGAAGUUUUUUUUUACCGUUCCAUAGUUGUUGUGCAUGCGAUUUUUGUUAAUUUGGAACGUUUAUUUAAAUUAUUUGACUUUCUUUUCAAUCGGACCGUUUUA